AUGAGUGCCUUGCUGUCAGAUUCCGAACACUUUGCUCAGAGGAAAGCAGGAAAUCCUUCUGUUCUUCCUCUUUAUGCUGAGGGUUUUAUCAGCAAUUACAAGUCUCAUGUUGUCGUGGAAGACUCCAUGCUGGACGUGGUGCUCCACAAGAUGGACCAGUCCAACAGCCUGCUCCGCGAGCCCCAUUCAACAUUAUGGGGCUUGCUGAAGCCGUGGAUCGGGCUAGUUCACCUCGAUGCACGCUGCGCCGAACUUAUAACGCAGCUUGCUGUGCUUCCGGGCUACAGUGGCUUUGAUGAGGAGGAUUGCCUCCUGAAUUGCCCGAGAUGUUUUCGCCCAGCCGUGCUCUACCGGUGGAAGGGCACGGGCAAGCCCCGCGUCCGGCACCCGCAGACUAACGACUGGCUGUUCGACUGCUCCUGCUUUCAAUCCUACAACGUCGUCGCCUUUCGGGAGGACGCCGUGCUCAGGAUGCUCUUGGACGUUGUUGUCCCAGUCCCGUUUGGCGCCGUCAGGCGCACACUCCAGUUGUUGGACGAAGCAGAACAGAGGGUCAUGAUGCAUAUGCUGCUCAGCAGGGACGUCAUGAUAUUGAUGCCGGAGACCACCGGGGAAUCGGUGGCCAUUUCCAUACCUAACAUUCUCUCCAAUGACCCUGCGAUGGAUGUGCCUUUCGCUCCCUCCAUGGACUGGAAAAUAUGCCCGAUAUGCAGCAAGGACAUGAAGGAGAAAGUGAAACAGCAUCUUACGAGAACCCACCACCGAGAAGACGAGCAAGCUGCAACGGAUGUCAAGACACCUGCCACCACUACAGAGAAGCUACGUGACAUCUUUGCCUUUGAAGAGGACUCAACAGAAUACACCAAGAAGUACAGAGCACGUUACACAUCUUAA